GAGCUAAUUACCGUCAGCACUGUGGUUACUCACGAGCCAGAGACGGAGGUAGAUGUGUGUGUGAAGUCCCUCACGGACCUGAACCAGACCAGAAACUGCGAAACUUUUGGCGACUCGGUGCUGUGGACGGAAGCCGGGUGUGUAUGCCGGGUGUCAGUUGGAACCGGGUCCGAACCCAGAACCAUGUCCCUGCACGGUGCGUUCACUGCCCUCCUUCUCCUCCUGGUCAGUGGAGUGUCUGCUGUGAUUGCAGUUCUUCCUCCAACAAACGUCACCGUGAGCUGCCAGAAUUUCCGAGUCACCGCCAGCUGGGAAUACAGCGAGCCGCAACCACAAACCGUCUUCAGCAUAAAUAUCAGCGGUUCCCCCGGCUGGAAGGAGUUUAAUACCACAGACCGUCAAUAUGAUCUGAGCAACUUCAUCUGGGAAUCUGAAGAUCACUACAUGGGCAAAUAUUGCAUCAAUGUAACCGCCAUACAGGGAGGAACCCGGUCUCGACCAGUGACAUCUAAAACGUUCGCCUUUAACAUCUUAAAGACGGCCGAUAUAUUAGGUGAAUUAGAUUUCCCUCCUGUGGAACUGAUUAAGAGGGAUUCAGAGGCCAUCAUUAGUUUCACGAACCCCUUCAACUUCUACAAAGAACUGGAACUGGCUAGAGAGAAGGAUUCUGGCUUAUUUACGUUCAGUGUCGAAGUGUCACCUGAUGAGGUAUAUAACGGUGAAUGCAACCCGAAUCAGGAAAGCUGCGUCUCGUUUCCUAAGGGUGUGGAGAAGUGCGUGGUGCUGAAAGGAUUGUUGUUUGCAAGUUCUGGUGUCGGCCAAGUGAAGUUCAGAGAGACAGACCCCAUCUGUGUGACUGAAUCCCCUGAGUUUCACAUGGAAACACUUGUGAUCUUGCUGUCCGUCUUCGUCGUCGUACUCGUUGUGGUUACGAUAUUCAUCUUUAAGGCAAAGGCCUGGACGAUGGACCUACCUCCUCUGCCCAAGCCUCUGCUGCCAAAGAACGGAGCACAGGAUUAUCAUGUUGAAGUCGAUCCGGACGUCUACAAUCGUAUUGACUGUACAGACGACUCUGUGAGAACAGAGUGUGUUUCAAUGGAUGAGGAGGAGGAGCAAAAGGAACAGGAGGAACAGGUGGAGGAAGAACAGGAGGAAGAGGAGGACAUACCCCAUGAAAGAAACUAUGACAGACUUCACUUUGUGCAGAUGGACAUAGGCGAUGGAGAUAUGGUCGAUGCUUACAGCGCGAGGUAAAACUACCAUCCAAGGACUCGAUUUGGGAUUUAAGUUUAAUUUAAUGGUGAUUUUUAACUCCCAAGACCACAAUCACACGUUCGUACCUCUGGACUGAAUAAAGCCUCAACCCGGCGCACUCGGGGAAGAGCUGGUGCCUUGCUCAAGAAGAGUGACUCCUGAGGGGAAGCUUCUUCUUUCUGACUGCACUGUUGGAAACGCACUGAUUUAUGAAUCUGAAAUGUGACAGUUAAGCCCUCCUCUCCCUCCAGAUUUCUCAGGAUUGUAAAAGCGGCAUUGAGCUGCAGAAAACCGAUUGCUUAUAAUUACACACACUCUACCUUCAAGGCCCUGACACAUCGGCCAAUGUCGGGGCCGUCGGUGAGCGUCUGCAGCCCUCGUUUUUAUGUAGUUUUGUGUGGCCGGCUGAGCACUUUGAAUGGGAAGUGAGCAAAGCAGCAAACGACUCACCUCGUCUGAUCGCUCACAUGCGCGGAUAUCCUGGUGUUCUGUUUUGAAUAACAAAUGAGCAGCGUUGUAGGUUUUGGUGUGUCGGGGCCUUUUAGAAAGCACAUUUAAUGACAUCGUUGGUUUGCCUUUUAGCUUUUUUUUGAGUCUGAAGGAGACUCAGGGACUAAAGCUGCAACACAAAGAGCUGCAACACAAAGAGCAUUCAAAAGACAAUGAAGAGCGAAAUUCUUGAAUCUUUUUCAAAUUUUUGAAAAACUCCCAUUUAUUCCCCCUUUUUUAAACAUUAUUUUAAAGAAGAUGCAGUUGUGAACGCUGCUGUUUGAAACAAACCGGUGACCUUCCAGUCACCUUCCAGCUGUUUUAUGCCUGCUUUACAGAUGUUAUCGUACUAGAUCCCCGACCUGCAGCCAAUCUCAGCAACUGCAGCGUUUUAUCAGAUUGUAUUGUUUGACAACGGCUAGUUGAAAACAUAGCAGGGAGGGAAGAACAAAUAACUAAUUGUAUAAGCUUUUUAUUUUUGUCUUUGAGUAUCGGCUGAACCUGUGGGUUACACGUGUAGCUUUUAUUCAUGAAGGAAAGUGCUCCGUGCCUUAGUUUUUAAUCUUUGCAAGCGUUAAGAGUUGUAUUUUUUUUUAAAGGGACGGUGUCAGUAACAAGCAUUUUCUCACUUGCAUCCAAUCAGGUAGUUGGUUUUGGUUUUAUUUACCAAUGUUUGGAGAUGUCUGCCAACAAUUUUGACAAUAAAUUAUUUUUGAGUCAUUUUUUAAGAAGAAAAUAUCUAAAUUGUUUUGAUUUUAGCUUCUCAGAUGUGAAUAUUUUCUUCCUUAGUCCUCUAUGACAGUAAACUUUGUCUUUGGGUUACAAAACAUUUAAGGACAUCACACUGGAAUUUGGGAAACAUCGACCAACAUUUUUAACCAUUUUCUGACAUUUAAAGGACCAAACACAUAAUAACAAAAUAAUAAUAUACAGAACACGCUGUCAGCAGUCUCUAUGGGGACUAUUUCUUUGGUAGAAAACUAAUCUGUGGAUUGUCCAGAGCAAACAUGGAAACUUAUUUAUGUAAAGAGUCAUUUUAAGUCUCACAAACAUUAAACUCUAUUGUUGUAGGAUCUCUCAAAACCUGGACAAAUAAAACUCCAUGACAAAGAACAACUGAGGUAAAAUAUAUGUGUGAGCUUUAAGACUUUUCCUUGUUGGUUGAGUUAUCACCUCUCACACAGUCUGGACUUUCCACUCCUGGCAGAACACUUGUAGGUGUCACACCUACCUUAUCUAGUUUAUAACCUGGUGUACCUUCCCCAUCACUGCUGUUGGGCAACCUGAAAAACUGGCUCUGUGGGCGACGCUUGGGAGUGUUUUUCUUUUGUUUGCAUCGAGAAGCUUGUUUACAUGAUUUGCGUACACUUCAGGGGUUGGUCCAGUUUUUAAAGCUGUAAAUUAGACUGGCUUUUAUGCAGCUGAUUAUAUAAUUACAACAAAUAUAUUUUAUAAUUAAACACAAGAGUUUAUUUCUUUAACUGCACUGACCUCCACUUCUGCUUUAUAACGCCAAUAUAAAGAUGUGAAUUUAUCAAAUAAAAUGGACUUAAACUAGG